CUCGAUUCUUAGUUUUGUUCUUUUGCAGUGAGCAAGAGUCUCAGGAAAACCUCACUCUAUCACCAUUCUUCAUCCUUUCUCUCACUUUUCUGUUUUCUUGUUUCUUUCCGGCAUACGCUUCACAUUUAAUCUACAUUUGAAACAAAAGUAAACACAUAACCGCCACAAUGUCCGCCGUUCCUGGUCCCGUCUACGGCCUCGAGGUCCCUCCUGGAGAGAUCUUAAUUCCAGCCACCAUGGAAUUCCCUGCCUCUUUCCGCAUUACCAUGGCUGCCGUUGACCCUACCGAAGAGCCUGAGGCUGACGGUGAGGGCAACAUUCCUACUGUUCCUCGAUCCACCCUGCGCCUCGUCAAGCGUGCUCUCCCUGGUCUCGAUGAGGAUGAGGAUGAUGAGAUCGAUGACGAGUACAUGAAGGCUCUCCUCGCCGGCUCCGACGAUGAGGAGGACUCUGAUGAGGAGGCUAACGGUGGCCCUAGCGACCCCGUCAAGGCCAAGAAGCAGAGGCAGGCUGCUGCCAUCAAGAAACUUCUUGAAUCUGCUCAGGAGGAAUCUGAUGAGGAGAUGGAGGAUGCCAAGCCCAACGGCAAGGCCAAGGGCAAGGCGAAGGCUACAGAGGAGGACGAAGAGGACGAUGACGAUUCCGAUGAUGACAGCGAGGAGGGUGCCGAUCUUGAGAACUUUGUCAUCUGCACUCUCGAUACUGAAAGAAACUACCAGCAGCCCCUUGAUAUCACUGUCAACCAUGGCGAGAAGGUUUUCUUUGUCGUUACUGGUACUCACACCAUCUACCUCACUGGAAACUAUAUCAUGGACGAUGAUGAGGAUGAUGAGGAUGAGGAUGAAGAUGACUACGAUCUUUCCCCUGAUGAGCUUGAAUAUGCCCUCGAGGGCGAGGAGAGCGAUGAGAGUGACGAGCUGGAGGAGGCCCCCAAGCUAGUUUCCGUUCAAAAGGGCAAGAACAAGCGCGCCGCUGAAGAGGCUACGGAGGGUCUUGACGAGCUCAUCUCCAAGGACGAUGCCAAAUUGUCCAAGAAGCAACAGAAGAAGCUCAAGAACAACAAGGGCGAGGCUGUUGCUACCGAGGAGAAGAAGGACGCUAAGAAGGUUCAAUUCGCAAAGAACCUCGAACAGGGCCCUACUGGCUCUGCUGAGAAGGCCAAGCAGGGUAAGGCCACCACCGGUGUCAAGGUUGUUCAGGGCGUGACCAUCGACGACCGAACUAUUGGCAACGGCCGUACCGUUAAGAACGGCGACACUGUUGGUGUUCGAUACAUCGGCAAGCUCCAGAACGGAAAGCAGUUCGAUGCCAACAAGAAGGGUAAGCCUUUCUCCUUCAAGGCUGGCAAGGGACAAGUGAUCAAGGGCUGGGACAUUGGUGUUAUUGGCAUGGCUAUUGGUGGUGAGCGCCGUCUUACUAUCCCCGCCCAUCUUGCCUACGGCUCCCGCGGCCUUCCAGGCAUUCCCGCCAAUAGCACAUUGAUCUUCGAUGUCAAGCUUCUUGAGAUCAAGUGA